GCUGGACUCAAGUGCAUGGCAAGCCCCUCUGAUUUGCCUAAACUGAGGUGCAGAUCUCAGCUAGAAACAGAUGUUGGCGAAAUUCAUUCCCGACUGCUGGAUCACAGACCAGUGAUCCAAGGAGAAAUACGUUAUUUCGUUAAAGAAUUUGAAGAAAAACGUGGCCUCCGUGAACUGAGAGUUCUUGAAAGCCUCAAGAACAUGAUCUAUGAGACAAAUAACCAAAUUCUUCCGAAAUGUGAGCAGGUGAUGCAUGACAGCCUGAAUGAAGCUUUCAAGAGAUUGCAGGCAGCCAGCCAAAGGAUCCACAAACUCCAGGAGAGGGAGCAGGGAGAAAGAGAGGUUCAGACUGACAAGCUGAUGGCUGGUGAAAAGCAGCGCAUGGCACUUUGGGAAGCAUUUCUGGAAGAACAGCAAAACAAACAAGCAGAAGUGGAUGAAGAGCACAGAAAAGCAAUGGAACGCCUUAAACAGCAAUAUGUUGACAUGGAGAAGGACUUGGCUAAAUAUGUUUCUUUCUAAGAACUUUCAUUUUUCAAUAAUACCUUUUUUUUUUUAUUCCAAUACACUCUUGUUUCAGACUGUUCAAUAUUGAGGCUUUUUCAGAAAGCCUAUUCAAAAUGGCAAAAAACCCCAAUUCUCCUGUAUAACAAGUUUGGUUUGGGAAGUUUUACAUACCUCUGACUUUAAGUGCCUCUACAAGCUUUGUUUUUUCAGGAUGACUAGAGUGCCAGUAUUUCUUAGUUUGUGGAGCAGGUGGAACCACCAUAUCAGUUCAAGAAGUUGCAAACUGGAAUUCUUUGCUUAUGAAGACAAAGUUGUCCUGUGGGGGGAAAAAAGCCCAAUAGAGUCUUUACUCAGUCAGUACAGACCCAGAGCUCCAUCCCAAAAGAGCUAGAUACCAGUCAUAAAAGGCAGAGAAUGAACAAGCACAUAAAUUCCAUUUACUAGCUUGAAAAAAAACCAGCUGGUAUUGCAGCAUAGAGCGAGUGCAUUUUGAAAGUUCAGUGGUGAAAGACCAGAAUGUAUUAAACUCGGCUGCAGUUAUGGUUGUAUUUUUUGGAUUUGUAUGUUGUGUGUUUUAUAAAGUAGUGGUUUAGUAUAAACUGCUCACUCUAGCAAACACACCUUAAGAAAUCUUGGGCUACAGUGACUCCUCUGUACGACUGGCUCACAACUCUUUACCUUUUCAAUUCUAAGCAGCCAAAAGAAGACAGAGGGUGACUUUCAAAAGUGCAUCAGUCCUUCCAUUUGUAUUUUAUUCAGUAAAAUGUUUAAGUAUUGGUCAUUCUGGUGGUGCUCUCAGUAUUGUCUGCUUUGUUCGAACCUACUACCUGUAACCUGUUGUAAAAAGCCUUACAACAGUUGGGGAAAGAUCUCAAUCUCUGUUUUUGUCAGUAUUGAAAGUAGUGUUAAAGGUGAAACAUCUACAGUAUUACUUUGUGUUCUUAUUAACACGUACUAUGGGGCUUGUGCAGCUCCUGUCAUUACUGUUCCUUUUACCUUAUUUGAAAUAGACAUUUAAUAGCAAUAUCAUUAAAGAACUUAAAGCUUAAUUAUCCUUUUGUAAACCAUGUAACAUGAAAUGCAAUAACAUUGAUGAAACUUGAUGCAAACUAACUUGAGGUACAGGAAAUUUUCUCAAAUAUUUUAACUACUAUGCAAUAUAAAAUAGAAACUGGUAAAAAAAAAAAAACAAAACAGUCUUUGCUCGUUAUCUGUGUUGCAAAUGCAGUAUGCUGACAAUGGUUGCUUGUGUACGUUCAUGGCUUGGUGUCAAACCUCUGUUCCUGGCAGCAUGUUGAUAAUGUGAUUAAAGUUAGCAGAGGAGAUGGAAUAAGUAUUUGAGAUUUCUUUCAAUAACACUGAAUUCCUGCCAAACUGCUCUAUCCGCUACUGUGGGCCUGACAGCUUCAUCAAUCAUCGUCAGGUACCUGGACUGCAAAGAGCACUUGCCGACACAGAGGCAUGCUGGAAUGUUGUUAAUUUUCAGUUGUGGGUGGAAAAAACAUAAAUGGAUCCAAAGUAUCCCACACAUGAAAAAAAGUGAGGAGAACUUCCAAACGAAAGCCCCUAUUAACUGCAAGGUGAUUUCUGGAAUGAUUCUAACCAUUUUAUAGUCACUGAUGAAUGGAUGCUGUAACAGAAUAUUCUAUAAAAGCCUAUUUUUUUUUUAGUAUCUUGCAUCUGUUUUGUAUAGUUGUAUUUUUGUUAUAAAACAUGGAUAAGGAGAACCCACUUUACCAAAAAUGGUGAGCAGUUUGGAAGAUUAAGGAAAAACUGGCCAAUAACUAUGUACAAAACACCACUAGGUACGGUUUAAGAGCCAGCUGGCUAAAACAGAAAUGCAAAUGUCAAUUUGAUAAGAUCAGAACUUGAAAAUAAUAUACAAAAGAUGUUCUUUUCUUUGGUCUUAGAGGCUCUUUCAUCAGGACUUGUUUCUGGUGAAAGUAUUGAACCCAGGCGUUAUAAUGUGAAAGAAAUGUGGUUUUAGUUUUGUUUGGUGUUUUUGUGGGGGGGGUUUUAAACUUCGGAAUAUGUAAAUAUAUUCUUGUUUCAAAGAGCAAGACACUCAUUUUUAUAUUGAUGUUCACAGUCACUUUAAAGAUCAACCGAAAGCCCUGCCUUCCACAAGAUAUUUUGUUAAAAUGUUCUUAAUUCCCAAAUAUUUCUGGCAGAAUUCACUUAGAUUUUCAGAACUGCACAAAGUUAUAAUUUUUGCCUCUUGUUUUACCUUUGUUGAAGGAAAAGUAGAGCUGUGGCUUUAAUACUUCCCAUUUGAGGGCUGGCUUGGCAAUGAUACAGAUGUUGAAAGUCUAGUGUAUGCUUUGGAAAUACCAGCAAUGGGAUUUGUGCUCCUGAAUCCAUGGGUGCUUUUGAAGAUCUGCUUCUUCUCUUUAUUAUGAGAAUAUUGCAGUUAAUGGAAUGUCCCUUCAGAUGUU